AUGGCUCGCUUAACCCCAGCCAAGUCCAAAUCCACCAGGAAGCCCAAGCCCUCCUCCUCAUCCGCCAUGGACGCCGCGGCGGAGGCGGAUGCGGUGUCGCCGCGGCGGCCGAAGCGCGAGAAGUCGGCGGGCGGCGGCGGCAAGAAGUCCAAGUCGGGCGGGAGCAAGAAGGCCAAGUCGGGCGGGUUCGAGUCGAUGGGGCUCUGCGAGGAGGUGUACCGCGGGGUGCGCCACAAGGGGUACCGCGUGCCCACGCCGAUCCAGCGCAAGACCAUGCCGCUCAUCCUCGCGGGCGUCGACGUCGCCGCCAUGGCCCGCACGGGCUCCGGGAAGACCGCCGCGUUCCUGGUGCCCAUGCUGCAGCGCCUCCGCCGCCGCGACCCGAGCGCCGGCGUCCGCGCGCUCAUCCUCUCCCCUACCCGCGACCUCGCGAUGCAGACGCUCAAGUUUUGCAACCAGCUCGGCAAGUUCACAGACCUAAGAACCAGCAUAAUUGUUGGUGGAGAUAGCAUGGAGAGUCAGUUUGAGGACCUGUCAGAGUGUCCUGAUAUCAUAAUUGCCACGCCAGGCAGGCUCAUGCACCAUUUGAAUGAUGUUAAGGACAUGACUCUCCGUUCAGUGGAAUAUGUUGUGUUUGAUGAAGCAGAUUCCUUGUUCAGCAUGGGGUUCGCCAAACAUUUGCACGAUAUUCUGAAGAAGCUAAGUGAUACACGACAAACAUUGCUCUUUAGUGCCACUUUGCCGAGCGCCCUUGCAGAUUUUGCAAAAGCUGGUCUGCGUGAUCCGCACAUUGUGAGGCUCGACUUGGACAAAAAGAUCAGUCCUGAUCUCAGGCUCGCCUUCUUCACACUGCGCCAGGAAGAGAAGCUUGCUGCCUUACUGUAUUUGGUCAGGGAGCGCAUCAGCUCCGAGGAGCAGACAAUAAUUUUUGUUUCAACCAAGCAUCAUGUGGAGUUCUUGAAUAUUUUGUUCAGAGAAGAGGGUUUAGAGCCUUCCCUAUCCUAUGGUGCUAUGGAUCAGGAAGCUCGUAUGAUUCAUAUUUCAAAGUUCAGGGCAAGGAAGACCAUGCUACUUAUUGUGACAGAUGUUGCUGCGAGGGGCUUGGAUAUUCCGUUGCUGGAUAAUGUAGUGAACUGGGACUUUCCUGCAAAGCCUAAGUUAUUUGUUCAUAGAGUUGGUCGAGUAGCUAGACAAGGUAGAAGUGGAACAGCUUAUACAUUUGUCACUUCAGAGGACAUGCCAUAUUUAUUGGACCUACAUCUUUUCCUUUCAAGGCCUCUUAGACCUGCUCCAACGGAGGAGGAACUCCUAAAAGAUAUGGACGGUAUAAAUAUGAAAAUCGAUGAAGCUAUUGCAAAUGGGGAAUCAGUGUAUGGGCGAUUUCCUCAAACCGUCCUUGAUCUUGCCUCUGAUGGAUUAAAAGAAGUUAUUAGUGGAUGUACAGAGUUGAUAGCAUUAGAAAAGCCAUGUGCUAAUGCUUUCCGGUUGUAUCUCAAGACUCGUGCUAUGCCAUCAAAAGAAUCCAUCAAAAGGGUAAAAGAUUUGCCUCGUGAAGGUCUUCAUCCAAUUUUCAGGGACAUUCUCCGGUCAGAUGAGCUUUCAGCUCUUGCAUUUUCAGAACGCCUGAAAUCAUUUCGGCCAAAGCAGACUAUUUUAGAGGCUGAAGGUGAAGCUACUAAAGCACGAAAUUCUAAGGGUUCUAAUCAAUGGCUAGAUGUGAUGAAGAAGAAACGAGAAGUUCAUGAGGGGAUUAUAAAUUUAGUUCACCAAAAGAGUUCAGAGGAUCCAAGGCCAGAGGUUGAAGAGGUAGAUGACAUUUCAAAUUGGGAGAAAAAAGAAGUUUGUGGCAAGAAACGGAAGGCACAGAGCUUUAGAGACGAGGACUACUACAUAAGUUCAGUACCUCAAAACCAGCAUUUGGAAGCUGGGUUGUCAGUGAGGGACAAUGAAGGCUUUGUUGAAAAUAGAUUGGAUGCGGCUGUUCUUGAUUUAGUUGAUGAUGAAGCUUCUGGUAUGCAAGGACAGAAAACUCGAUAUCACUGGAUGAAGAACAAAUUUGUCAAGUUGAAUGCAGGGGAUCGUGUCACUGCUACAGGAAAGAUUAAAACGGAGGGUGGUGCAAAGAUAAAGGCAUCGGCUACAGGGAUAUAUAAGAGAUGGCAGCAGAGGACACAUAAAUCAAUCAAUAUUGGUGGGAAAUCUGGCAACUUUGAAGAAAAGGGCACAUCCAGUUCAGGCGGGUAUCAGAGAGGCAACAAGAAGCAUUUCGCGGGCCAUGGCCGCAGGUCCAUACCAAAUGCCAACGUGGCCUCUGAAAUAAGGAACCCUGAGCAAAUGCAGAAGAGCAGGCAGCAGAAGGCAAUGGAAAUCACGCGGUUGAAGAACAAAUCCGCUAAGGACGGCAAAUUCCAGAACAAGUUCCAGAAGAACAGGAGGCCCGAUGGGAACGGGAAAGGGAGGGGAAGCGGGAAAGGGACCGGGAAAGGGUUCAGCAAAGGGGCUGGUGGCAAAGGAGGGAAAGGUAAGGGCAAGGUGAAAGGGAAGGGCGGGAGGUGA